UCUCUUUUAACAAAACCCAAUAGUAUAACACAAAAGCAUUAAACUCAUCCCAUCUUAUUCCAUUCACUAACAUUAACAUAGGCUAGCUUCCAAAAGUGAUAUGUUUCACCAUAAUCUUCCUCACACAUAUCCUUAAUAGGUCCAAGUUCAAUAAGAGUCUGCCCCAUUAUACCAGUGGUUGAAGCAUUGGUCCAAAAUAUUAUUCCAACUUCAAUGCUUCUUUCUCCUGCAUGCGCUUUACAUCUCCCUCCAACCCUCAAACUGAAACCAAAUGGCCUCCACCCCUCUUUUCCUAAGCCCCCACAAUGCCUCAAACUUGGUCAUUCUGCCGUUUCAGCAUGUGACCAUAAUUUUCAUCCUCAUGACUGGCCUCAGCUCCUUAAAUUCUCAAUUGGGUCACAAGAUUAUAAUCUAGCUCAGGCAAUUCACGGGUACUUAGUCAAAUCUGGUAAUGAAGGUGACCUGUUUGUGGAUAACAAUCUUGUCAACCUCUACUCAAAGUUCAAUAAAAUGGGUGAUGCACAGAGGAUAUUUGAUGAAAUGCUUGUUAGAAGCAUAGUCACUUGGACUACCCUCAUGAAGGGGUAUUUGAAGACUGGUGAUCUUGAAACUGUUUUCAGCAUUGCUCGUGAUAUGUGUAUGCUUGGAGAGAAUUUCAAUGAGCACACCUGCUCAGUGGUCCUGCAGGCAUGCAGGUCUGGCGAAGAUCGUGUUUUCGGUGAGCAGAUUCAUGCUUUUGUUAUAAAAAAUGGGCUUCAGGAGAAUGUUGUUGUGGCCACUUCACUUGUUUAUAUGUACUCUAGGAGUGGCCAGUUGGAUCUUGCAGAAAAAGUGUUCUGUGGCAUUAGUGUUAAAGAUGCUCAGUGCAUAAAUUAUAUGAUUUUGGAAUAUGGAAAGGCAGGCUUGGGUGAUAAGGCAUUUCAGACAUUUUGGGAUAUGAUGAACUCUGGACUGAAUCCAAGUGAUUAUACGUUCACAAAUUUAAUCAGUGCUUGUGAUUCCAGUAUAGGAUUCGACUUACCAAAGCAACUGCAUGGGCUUGCAGUGAAGUAUGGUUUUAUGAGCGAAACAUCUGUUGGAAAUGCUGUAAUUACAAUGUAUGGACAACAUGGAAUGGUGAAAGAGGCUGAGAGAGUGUUUGUUGAAAUGGAUGAUAGGUCUUUAAUUUCCUGGUCUGCACUCCUAUCAGCAUUAGUUAAGAACGGCUAUGCCAACAGAGCCCUUGAAUUUUUCCAAGAUAUGCUUCAGAUUGGUGUACCUCUUGAUUCUGGUUGCUUGAGCACUGUACUUGAUGGAUGUUCAGAAUGCAAUAAUUUAAAAUUUGGAAUCCAAAUUCAUGGACUUACUGUGAAGCUUGGUCAUGUCUAUGAUGUAAAUAGCGGUACUGCUUUAGUUGAUUUAUAUGCUAAAUGUCGAAGUUUGAAGUCUGCAAGAGUGGUUUUUGACAGGAUACCAAAUAAAACUAUUGCUUCAUUUAAUGCCAUUCUAGUUGGAUACUUAAAUUCAAAAACAAGAGAUGAUGAAGAAGAUCCUAUGGUUUUUUUCAGCAAACUAAGAUUCAAUGGCGUGAGACCAGAUCGGGUCUCAUUUUCCCGGCUUCUUAGUUUGUCCGCUAAUCAAGCAUGCAUAGUAGCUGGGAAGAGUCUCCAUGCUUACACUAUAAAGGUGGGACUUGAUGAUGAUACUGCUGUGGGCAAUGCUAUAAUUACCAUGUAUGCUAAAUGUGGCAGUGUUCAGGAUGCUUAUAAGAUAUUUACAUGUAUGAACCAUGAUCGUGUGACCUGGAAUGCCAUGAUUUCUGCAUAUGCCCUUCAUGGUGAAGCAAAUAACGCGCUUUCGCUAUUUGAGGAUAUGAAAGAACAGGGAUUUGCCCCAGAUGAGAUUACAAUAUUGGCUGUUCUGCAAGCAUGUACUUACUCAGGUUUAUGGGAAGUUGGGUUGUGCAUAUUCAAUGAAUUAGAAUCAAAGUAUGGGAUCAAGCCACUGGCUGAGCACCUCUCUUGCAUGGUUGACCUUUUAGGUCGAGCCGGAAAUCUAUCUAGAGCCAUGGAUAUCAUCAACAAAAGCCCGUUUUCUGCAUCAUCUUUGCUUUGGAGGACUUUCGUCAAUGCCUGUAAGCUGUGUGGUGAUAUGGAACUUGGAAUAUGGGCCUCCAAGAAGUUACUUGACUUAGCACCUAAUGAGGCCUCUUCUUAUAUACUUGUAGCAAAUAUGUAUGCUCAAGGAGGCAUGCCAGAAGAGGCUGCCAAAGUGAGAACAACUAUGAAUGACCUGAAGUUAAUCAAAGAAACUGGUUCGAGCUGGAUUGAGAUAGAUAAUGAAGUUCACUAUUUUAUUGCAAGUGACAAAAACCACCCUGAAAGUAGAGAAAUAUAUGUGAAUUUGGAUCUGUUAAGCGAUGAAGUGUGUUGGAGCAGUGAGAACAGAAAUAUUCUCCCACUAGUUUCAGAUUCCUUGUGACAUAUUAUUGUAGUUGCUCUAGUUCAUGAGCAAGAGUAAGCACAUGUGUCAAUAUUUGCCUGUAGUGACAGUAGACUGUAGUUGCCUUCGAUUGUGUUAUUGCCUCGAGCAACCUAUCUUUCUACCAUCUCACAUUAACAUUAAAUAUAAAUAUCAUUAUGUUACAGAA